UUUUAUUCUUAACACUGUCAGUCCUACUUCAUGAAAGCAUUCACACAAUUAUUGUGAUGUGUGUCUGCUUUUUUUAUUUUCAUUUGUUGGGUUUAAAGAUGACGACUUUCUUAAAUGACAAUGGGAGUCUGGGAACUUCUGUAGUAGUACUGUUUUGAGAUUUGUUAGUAUUGUCCUAAGACAGCACCCGUAAUCUCCCCAAACUGGCUGUGACACCGAACGUCUCCUCAGUCUGCACUAGUUAUGGGAAUUUAGGCUCUUUUUAGUGAGUCGGAUCAUUUGGCUCAGCUCACCAAGUAGAGUCGGCUCUUCCGGCUCCAAAAUGACUCUUCAUUUUAUUACUUCUGCUUCAGCCAGAUUCAGCUCUGUUUUGACUCAUGAUUGAUAUGUGUACGAAAUUUCCUCAAUACCAUGAUUUUACAUUAUGUUCGGUAUAAAAAGAUCUUGAACAUUAUAUAAGUGGAAAAUCUGUUUUUGUCAUUGAUCUACUAAUUACAGUCAAAUAACAUAAAUAACAAAUCACAAUUAAAAAAUAAUAAAUAAAUUACAACGUGCAAAACACCAGCAUCCAACAGUUUUAGGUUCUAUCCACUAUAACAACUAUCUACCACCUUUCUAACAGUGUAAUAUUUUAACAUUUCCUUUGGCGCAUAAAGGCUAAGUGCCUCAGCUUAGACGGGCUGAUCCGCCUUCUAGCAGUAGCAGGCACGCUAGCCUGUCUUUUUCCUUCCAUCUGAACUGUUGGAUGCGCAGUUCCUAAGUGUCUGUGAAGGUUGUUUGUGGAUCCUGCUCGAAAUGACAGUUUCAUCUUGCAAACUGUGCAUCUGCCUUUAAGUUAUCAUAGAUAUUAAAAUGCAUCCAAAUGGCGCUUCGUGUCCGAAUAUCACUCAUCUUGCGUAUUAUUCACGCACCGCACUCCCUCUUUCUCUCCUCCUCUCCCUCCCUCGUGCUCUGUACCUGUACACCGUCAGCACGUGCAUCGCCGCCGCCACUCCCCCCCCCCCCUUCUAACUGAUCACGUGAUCGGUCGCGCGGCUCACACGCCAUUAACACAAACUUUAGUCCCAGGCAGAGCAGCAUGGCGCGCUGAGCCGCGGAGACGUUUUGUUUGAUAAAAAUGGCUCUCGGUCCGGAUCCAGAUCUUUUGAGCGGCUCGUUCGCGACCGACACAUCACUAGUCGGCGCUGCACGCUGCUGGAGGGGGAAUAAUAGAGCGCAGGCUAAAGUGCAGUUGGGUCCCCAGCGAGUCUCUCAGCGCGGCGUGUCUCACAGCGCAGGGGGCAGCCGGAGCGCCGCAGACUCGGGCGGCUACAUGAGUAUAUUGGGAAUAAAAUACUCCUGCCAGCUGAUGCUGGACCCCAACACAGCACACAGCCGCCUGUCUCUGUCUGAGGGGAACAGGAAGGUGACAUGGGGGGCAGAGCAGCCAUAUCCUGACCAUCCAGAGAGAUUUGACUGGUGGCGCCAAAUUCUGUGCAGAGAGAGUCUGACUGGUCGCUGUUAUUGGAAGGCUGAGUGGAGUGGAGAUGGAGCCUGGAUAGGAGUGACGUAUAAAGGACUCGGGAGGAAAGGAGACAGUGCUGACUGUGGGCUUGGAGCCAAUGACAAGUCAUGGAUGCUGUUCUGCUCUCCUGACAGUUACUCUGUCCGGCACAAUAAUAAACAGACUGUCUUACCCAUAAAGUCCUCAGGCUCCCGCAGAGUAGGAGUGUAUCUGGACCGGGCGGCUGGUACUCUGUCCUUCUACAGAGUCUCCUCUGAUGGACUGACCCUCCUGUACAGCUUCACCUCCUCAUUCACUGAACCGCUCUAUCCAGGGUUUCGGGUUUAUCAUCCAAACUCCCCCGUGUCGCUGUGCAUGCUGGGAUAGCUCACUGUGUGCUGGAGGAAUCAUUUUUACCUUAUCAGAGUGUCACAUGUCGCUGCUUCUCCGUGGCAAAAAGGUAAAAUCUCUGCUUUUUAACCAGUAUAACCCUUUUUACUCUGAAGUGUGACGUAUGUUAGACAGAAAUAAAUUAAUGUUUGUUCACUUUGCCAAACUCAUGCAAAAUGACUGUUUUUUUCUGACUUUAGUUCUAUGUUGUCUGUUAAUGCACCAAUAAUGCCAAAACAAAUUCAUAGUAAAUGCAGUCGUACCAAUAAAGUGAAUUCUGAUUCUGAAUAAAAUAAAAUGUAAUGAAAUGUAAGCCUGAUGGGUGGGGGGCCUUUUCUCUCCCCUGUAUAUGUACAUUUUAUAUAUUUCUGUCUGUAUAUUGUAUUUUCUGCCUGAAUAUUCACAAUAAAAGCUUCCUAUUCUAUCAUAUUAA